AUGCGACGCCAUUGGCUGCCUCAGAUGCUCCUGGCGGUCUCAUUGGCCGAGAGGGUUCAUCCGGGCCGUUCGUCGGCGCACAGGUGGCGGGGGUGGGAGGGGAAGGCGACCGCGAGCUGGAAGUUGGAAGGGCGGAAAACUGACGGUAACUAUGGAAACGGGGCCUAGUGCCUGCCUCUAAGCCCUGGGUUCAAGGCCCGAAGGUCUUUUCGUUCCCUGAGCUUUUGCUUCUUCGGCAGUUGGGCUCCUGGGUGGGGAGGGACUGGGAAGCCCCUUGCCUGGUCCUGCUUGGUCUUGCUCAGAGCCCUAGAAAAUUGGGCAGGGUGGAGUAGCCUGAGAGGGGGGAGAAUGGGACGUUCGUGGGGGGUGGCUUCCGAAUUGAAGGAGGGGAGAUAAGAUUCAUUAUAUCGAGGGAUUGCCUUGGCCUUCUUUGGGGACAGCUUGAUCUGAGGAAGGUAAGGGGCAGCGCCAUGAAACAUAACCAACUUCCACUUCUCUAGCUGAAAAACAAAAUAUAUCUCUUAUCUGUCGCCCCAGCAGCUGUCCUUCCGCUUUGGGAGAGGCUGCAGCAGCAGCAGCUUCCCUGCCAGGAACUCUAAACGAAAGACUUAGGACCGUCAGGGCUUUAUGUGUGGUCUAAAAAUAGUAAGUAAAAUGACUGGGAAAGCUGAAAGGUUUGUGGUCCAAUUUUUCAAGCUAGCCUCAGGCAAUCUGCUUUCCUGCAGGUGUGGGGAACCUUUGCCUUCCAGAUGUUGUUGAACUCCCAUUAUUCCUUGCUUGUGCAGAUGGGAAUUGUAGUUCAGCAACAUCUGGAGGGCCAAAGGUUCCCCACACCUAAGCCAUCCUUGCCCAUUGGCAGAGUGGGUCAGAUAACAAAAUCUACCACUUUUAAAGGGUGGUUCCAAGGGUGACCAAGGUACUGUAAUGUAUCUGAAGUACUUGAAAAGCGCAAUGUAGAGAUUUCUGUAUUAUUUUAUCACUUUUAUUUCUACAGGCUGAUUUAUUUUUUUAUGUGAAGCUAACCUACAAAACAGUAGGUUAAAUUAGAAAAUAAUUCAUUGCUUUCUUGCUUACUAUCCCAUUUUAGACGAACCCCUUCUUUGCAGUGUAAUCAUAUGCAUAUCUAUGUGAAAGUGAGUACUGUUGAGUUCAGUGGAACUUACUCCCAGGUAACUGUGCAUCGGAUUGCAAUAAGUUCACAUUUAGAAGUUCAAAUAUAAUUUUAGUGUAAUGCAGUGUGUGUUUGUGUGUGUUUUGCAGGCGAGGAAAUAUAAGAGAGCCAAGGUUCUUCUCAUUGUGGAAGCUGGAUACUUUUCUAAAAACAAAAAGUCAAAAGCCUUCCAGUAAAAUUCCACUAAAUAAUGUUAGGCUAAGGGAGGCACAUGGGAGAAGAUGAUACUCCUAUCUGUCUGAUACACGCACACAUGUACUGUGUAUAUAUGCUUUUGUUGAGGUAAUUUGUAUUGUGGUAGAGAAUGAGAGGAAGGCUGCCAGUCUCUAUCUAAGAAUCUAAGAGAGAUUGUAUUUCUCUAGAGAAUCUCUUCUUUGUCUUUCUCUAGUGCUCUUAACAUGCCUCCUGGGAAGGUGAGCCACAAGCAAGCCUUGGUCCUGCAGUGUGAGUGGGACAUUUGCAGCUUUGUGGCCUCAAAGAUGGAGGAGUUCUGUGAACAUGUGUCAAAGCACUUGCAGCAGCAUCUCAAUGACAAAGAUGUGGAUGAUGAAGUGGAUUCUCUCGGUAAGGGGUGCAGUAUAAAAUGAGACUGACCCUGAAUUAGUCUUUAGUGUAAGUUAUGGUGUUACUCUCUGAAAACUGCUACUUCUGUGGUUCCCCACAAGAUAGAUCUCUUUCCCCAGCCCUGCCAUAACAAUUGCAUUGACUUGCUUGAUUUUAUUGAAUGGGGGUGGGAUCGUCAAUGGUUUGAUAAACUGAAGAGCAGUAUCCAGGGUUGGUGGUGGACACUAGUAGUGGGAAAACCACAGCUGUAAAGACUUAAUGCUUGGGAUAUGCAAAAGUGUGGUCAAGAUCACACUAGGGUUGUAUGAAGUGAAUUUGCAAACCCUUCUCUGCUGUGCCCUCAGUUCUCUGUGUGUAGAAUUUAAGUAGCAUGGAGCGGCAGAUCAGGAGUGCAAGAACCAAGCAGAUAACACACAGUAUAGUUUCAAUGUGAUUAGUGAAAAUGUGGGCAUCCCAACAAGCUUAGAAAGUAGGGAACACAGCUUGAUGAAAUCUGGGAAACAUAGACUUUCACAUUUUUAAAAAAAAAUGAAGUAGUGUUAGCAGCCCUACACAUAAGUUAGGGUGGUAUUUCCCAAAAGAGAAGGGAAGACUCUAAAACUAGCACUUGCCACAGACCAGAUACAUUGUGAGCAGGACUCUUUGUUGUUUGCUUUAUGAAAAAAGCUUGUCAUUCCCAUACUUAUGGAGCAGAACUGCCUUUGAACGAUCUUCUCUUUCCAUGCAUACUAGGCCCUCAUCUACCUGCAAGUAUGAAUUGCUGUAUUCUUGCAUUUUAGAAAAAUACUCCUGCCUCUGGCAAGAGUGUGGAUUCUGUUCUCCCGAGAGCCCUACAGAGCUGGCCCGCCAUGUUUACUUCCAUUGUUACCACACCAAGCUAAAGCAGUGGGGACUACAUGCCUUACAGAGCCAGUCGGACCUAACCCCCUGUCAGUUGGACUUCCAGAGUCGCAACAUUAUCCCCGAGAUCCAAGAGAACUUCCUCUGCCUCUGGGAGUACUGUGAGGUGAGAGACAGGAUGGGUGUUGAAGUAUUUCCAGGGGAAGCAUCAGGGUGGUGGGGGUGGACUGUUCAGUGUAUGAAGCUGGAGAACAGCCACAUUCAAUGAGGAAGGCAAUGGAGUUUGUUAAUGAACUGUAACUAAACUUCACUUUUCUUUUUCUAAAACAAAACUAUCAAUUUGUACAAAUUCUUCUCACUACUGAGUAAACACAUCUAGAACAGGCUUCCUCAAACUCGUCCCUUCAGAUGUUUUGAGACUACAAUUCCCAUCAUCCCUGACCACUGGUCCUGCUAUCUAGGGAUCAUGGGAGUUAUAGGCCAAAAACAUCUGGGGAUUGAAAUUGAGAUUGACAUGUAUAUAAAUCCUAUUGGUUUUUAAUUUUGAUAAGCUGGCCUGCCACGUAUUCUCUGGCUGGCUUACAAGAUGUGACUAUUUCUCCGCUGCCCGACUUGCAGCUCAUUAGGAAAUUAUCUUCCUUUCCCUGUCUUCUCAUCAGAGAGGGUUUGAUAACCCUGAGUGGUUCUACAGGCAUGUGGAAGAUCACAGUUUCUGCACAGAGUACAAGGCAAUUGGGAAGGAGAACCACAUGUUCUUCUGUGGCUGGAAAGGUAGGAGUUCGCCUUGCAUGAGAGUCUUUGGGGUUUGAGGUGAAGUGGAUCUGCACAGUGGCAUUCAGAGCAUCUUGGCAACUCCAGGUUUUCCUGUUGCUUUGAGCCAGAACAAAAUAUCUAAAAUACUGUGGGAUUUAGAAAAUCUUUUUUCACAGUUCUGUUGAGUGUGUUUGUUAUUUAUUUGUUUAUACUGCAAUAUGGUAAAAUCUCAGGGCAGCGUGCAGUAAUAAAACACACCAUUGAAAAACAAUACACAUAAUCAUUAAGCUCUUGGCAUAAAUAAGUUCUCAAGAGACACCAGAAAGUCAAACGGGGGGGGGGGGGGAUGCCUGUGGAAUCUCUGCUGGAAGACUGUUCCUCAGCAUGGGGUGGGCAACACUAAAUGCCCAGCUUCUAGAUGAGGUCAGUCAGGCCUCUAUAACACAGGAGACAACCCAGAGGGCACCUCUGGAUGAUUUCAUAAUGGAUCGUACUUAACUAGCAUCCUUGGACCUGCUCAGAACAAAUACGAUUCUAAUCAUUUUUCCUCCCGGGUCUAGAUUGUGACUGCGCCUUCAAAGGCCGGUGUAAGUUGCGUGAACACCUGCGCAGCCACACACAGGAGAAGGUGGUGGCAUGUCCCACCUGCGGCGGGAUGUUCUCCAACAACACCAAGUUCUUUGACCACAUCCGCCGGCAGACAGCUUUAGAACGUGAGUAUCUGAGCAACCAAGCAGGCAGAGGGCCUAGACACAGUUUCUUUCUGGCAAAAGUGACACUUGGUGGUGGUAUUUUAAGGAACUUUAAAGCUUCUUCUAGUCACCAGAACCAGAAAAAAAGAUUGUCCACAAUAUAUGAGUUUAAAUAGUCUCAUAUAUGGAAUCAUUUGGGGGGGGGGGGGAGAAAAGACUUUUCAUCACUCCACAUAUCAGGUCAGCUACAUUUACACGUUAUGUAAAACCAUACUGGGAAUGAAAGUGCAUUAGUUGUGCCCCUUGUGAAAACGUCCUCUGACAGGCAUCACAAUGAGGUCUAAAAAUGUUUAAAGAAUUAGGUAAGAAUGUUAUGGUUAGGAGAAGCUGGUAAAAAUUAAGAUUUAAGUUUUAAACUUUUUUUAUAUAUAAGAUAAGAUGAAAAUAGAUUAAGGUAAUGUAAGGACAGAAUAUUAUGAAUUAUGGAAAGGAUUUGCUGUGACUAUUAUAAAUCAGGAUACAGGAAAAGGGAGGAGGAGGAGGAGGUCAAGGAAAGAAGGUAUUGAAAGUGGAGAAUUGGAGAAUGAUGGUUUUACUUUUCUUUUUCUUUUUUUGUCUUGUUUCUUUUUUGUGUGUGUAAUUUUAAAAAAUUUCUCAAUAAAUAUCAUUUAAAAAAAACAACAACUAAAAACAGUCCUUUUAAAGAAACAAUUAAGCUGAUGCUGGAAAUCCUGAGAUGUUUUCCAGAAGCAACAGAAAUUGUUAGACAUGCCCACAGACAGGGCAGUUCCAUGAUGCCUGACUUGGAUGGUUUAUUUACAAUAUUCAUAUACCAUUUUUGAUAACUUGUCAAUUCCUAGGUUCCACCGUCUUGAUAAGAACUAUUCUUCUUACUGUGUGAGAUUCCUAAGUGGUUUACGUAAAGCACAAGGAGAUCAUUUCUUUUUUAAAAAAUCCAUAUCACAGCAUUUAUAAGCAAAGUUAAAACAAAUUCCAGCGAAAAGGAAGUCUGCAUCAGUAAAACAAAGCAGUGUGAUGAAUCUUGCGAGACAGAGAGACUGCAUAGAUAGAUGGGUCUUCAAGAAGCAUUUGAAGCUUGCUACUGUUUCCACUUCAUGAACUGCACAUGGGAGAAUGUUCCGAGGGGCUGGGGCAGGAUACCCUCUAUGGGUUUUGCAGUUAGAGGGGGCUGGUUGCUGCCAGCAGGUGCCAAGAGAGAGAAACACUCUGCACUUGAGUCUUGCCCCUCUCUGUUCUGUAUCUGAUUCAUCUUCACCUGCUCCCUCCUCUUUACAGAGCAGCGAUUCCAGUGCUCCCACUGCUCCAAGAGGUUCGCCACAGAGAGGUUGUUGCGUGAUCAUAUGAGGAAUCAUGGUAGGUGGUGGCAGGAGCUUCUCCUUCUCUUCCCUCCUCCAUCCCUCCUCCCCUCCCUGUGCUAACCUCUCCUCUUCUUCCUCUUCGGCAGUCAACCACUACAAGUGCCCUCUGUGUGACAUGACCUGCCCUCUGCCCUCCUCCCUGCGCAACCACAUCCGCUUCCGGCACAGCGAGGAGCGGCCCUUCAAGUGCAAUUAUUGUGACCACAGGUAAACUGAGGAUCGUCCAGGGAGAGGGAGAGGGAAGCAGGGGGAGGGUGGGCACAGAAUCGCAGAGCAAGGUAGAGAGGGAGGCUGGAUGAGAGCCCUGAACAUUAAGGAAGGAAGCAGCAUUUUUUGCAAGUGACAUGAAGGUUUCUUCUCAGUGGUAGGGAAAUCCAUGUGCUUUCUGUUCACUUUUUCAAAAGCGACUGGCUCUUUUUCACUGUUUUAAGAUUUUGGGAAUUACAGAGGCUUGAGUUGUGACAAAAAAGAGCUGUUGUGUAAGUGGGCUGGAAACAUACAGACAACUGUGUCCCAUUGUUUGGCCCUGAAUUGUAUUAUUGCUAUUGUGGCCUAAAAUUCCUAAUCUACCCACCUUCCCAACAUAGGGGUUGUUAACUUUAAUAAAAGAAGCCACCAUACUUAAUUCAAAUGAUAUUCAAAUAUCUGUGGAUUCAAGGAUUGAUCUGUCAGGCCGCUAUUGUCCCGUCCUCUGGGGGAAAUGUAUUUAUUUAUUUUCAUUUUUAAAAUUUCUAUGCCACCCUUCAGUAUAAAACUCUCAGGGCUGCAUGCAUUAAAGGGGUAAAAACAAAUAUAUGUCUGUCACUACAAACAUAAAGCUGGCAGGUCAGCAGCAGUCAAAACAAAAAAUGCUCAGCAGGAAAAGCCUUCUGAAAACUAGCACAUGUUAAAUGUUGGAGUGCCUGGGUAAAUAGAAGCGUCCUUGUUUGAUGCUUGAUUGACAUCAGAACUGACACUGGAUGAGCUUCCCUGGGGAGGGCAUUCCAUAAAUGGGAUACUACAACUGAGAAGACCCUCUUCCUGGUCACAAUCUGCAGGUAGCAGGGUGAACAGAGGGUGGCUUCUGAGGAUAAUCAUAGAAUGUGGAGCAGGGGGUUGUUUGGUGGAAGGAAGUCUCUCUAGUACUUGGGUCCAAAAGUGGCAGGAAAAUUCAGCCUUGGUGCAUGCUUUUGUUGAGUCACUGAUUGACAUUUUUCACUCUUGCAAAACCAAGCCGUUCUUCCUGGGAACUCUCCUGCACUUGGAAAUAGUAGAGCUGUUUUCGCUAGCAGCGCAGGUACAACAUGUGCACCUUCUGGCUUGGAGCCUCUGCAGACUAUCAGGUGCGGUCCUAGUGUGCCAGAGGUUGAGAUCCUUCCUUUUGCCUAUUCCUUCCAGCUGUAAGAAUCUCAUUGAUCUACGGAAGCACUUGGAUACACACAGCAAAGAGCCGGCCUACCGCUGCGAGUUUGAGUCCUGCAACUUUAGCGCCCGGUCCCUCUGCUCCAUCAAGCUGCACUACAAGAAGGUUCAUGAGGUGAGAUGGAGUCACAGAGCCUGGGGCUGUUUACUCUUCAAUUUUCAAAAGAGCAUCGAGGCCCAGGGGACAAUAAAAAUCUUUGCAGCGUUCAUGAAGGAUAUGGUGGAGAUUUGACAAUGCCAAUGGCUAGAGCUAAAGUGAAAUUCAGUUUUCCAGCAAAAGGGCAUAUGGAUAUAUGGCACCUUCAUUAUACACCUCUAGGCGCCAGGCAAAACAUUCCUCUUUAACUAAGCCUUUGGUCGAUUGACAUCCUAUGGGCUGUUUUUGUUUUUAUUUUGAGGUUUUAUAUUCUGAUUUUAUCCUGUGAAGCACCCUGAGACCUGCAUAUAUAGGGCAGUAUACAAAUUUAAUAAAUAAUAAUAAUAUUUGCACCAGCUAAUUUUGUGUUAUUAUCUCCCUGAAAAUACUGCAGCCAUGGGGUGGGGUGAAGAAUAACUGGAAAUUCUCCCCCUUCAGUACAGGAAAUUCAGCUCAGUCCCUUAUUUAAAGACUUUACCAGCCUGACUUUUUGGGUAGAGGGUUAGUAGCCAGUGUGAAGCCUGCAGGAUGUUGUUGAACUACAGCUCUCAUCAUUCCCAUCCAACAUGGCCAGUGGUCAGGAAUGAUGGGAGUAAUAGCCCAACAACAUCUGGAGGGCACCACACUGUCUACCCUAGUCUAGAAACUUGCUUUUUAAAACAACAAUGAAAGCUGAGGUUUGCAGCAUGCUGAAUUUCUCAUCCAGGACUUAAACCGUGUGCUCUUGAAUGAUGCGCUGGUAGAAGAUAUUUGUGCCUCGCCACUGCUGUGCUGACCAGAAAGCACGCUCAAUGCAGAUGGUGUAUAGGAAGUUUCCAGCAAACCAAAAACCUUUGUUUUCUCUUUUUCCGCACCCGCUCAGGGUGACUCGGAGCCCCGCUACAAGUGCCACGUCUGUGACAAGUGCUUCACUCGUGGGAACAACCUUACUGUGCACCUCAGGAAAAAACACCAAUUCAAGUGGCCUUCGGGUCAUCCUCGCUUCAGGUACGUAGGCCUAGGGAUGGGAUUUCAUCCUUCCCUCCUCUUUUUUGUGGCCCUCAUUUGCAGGCAAUGAGAGCCUGAGUGAUUUGGGGGGCGGGGUUUGCAAGAUUUUGAGGGGGGAAAUCAACUUGCUACUGCAGUGGGCUGUUGGCCACCAUCUUGUACCCAAUGGCAUUCUGGGGGAAAGUUAAUCAGAGCUGCCAGCCUUCAAGGAGCUCUAGCCAGUCCCCUCUUAAAUCAUGUGCUCCCCCCCAAAAGGCAAACAAAGCUGGGUGUGGGUGUUUAUACCUUUCUUUUGCUUCCAACCUCUCUCCCUCCCCCAACCUACAUGGUCUUGCUGGCCUUUUCCUUCAGACUGCACAGAACAAGCAAGGAGACUAAUUGGAGAGCAGGAUUGCUCCUCCUCCAUUCACAUCCCUAAGGCUACGCAUGUUGCCAUCCAGUUGGAGCCAAGGCCACAAACGAAAAUGGCUGUGGUUGCCACAGUACAGUGGCUUGUGAUCUGCAAAAACAGGCUGAAGCCGUCUCUAUAAAAUCACCAGUUCUUGUGCUCUUUGCAAGAACCACUAGGUGGGGCAGUUGCCAUUGCAAAACUCACCAAUUAGCCUUUGCACUGCAAAAACAUUCGUAUUCUGCCUUUUACAGAACUUUGACUCAUUUCCCGUUACUUUAAUAGCCAGGUGGGAUGGAAUAUUUUUCUCUGGGAUUAUUAUGCCCUUAAAGCAUUGUCUCACCUUGAGGUGAGAUUUCCGUAUAAAGAAUUAUCAUGUGAAUUUGCCCCAUAGGUGGCAUGACACCUUUCCAGCGUGUCCCUUGGAUCUUUAGAAACUGGCCGUCUCUUAUAUCAGCCAUCUCCACCUGGUCUGGUUGUGAUUUCAGCCCUAGUAGAUACUGUGCACAAACAGCUUAGAAUGCAGAGUUCCAUAAUGGCUUACACCUCGCUUAUUCCUCCUCCCCACCAACCCACAACACUCCUCCCCCAGGUAUAAGGAACACGAGGAUGGCUACAUGAGGCUGCAGCUGGUGCGUUAUGAAAGCGUGGAACUGACAGAGCAGCUGCUGAAGGACCGGGAGAAGCAGGGUGAGGUCCUGGAUGACACAGCCCAGUGUGUGGUGCUGGCGGGGGCUGAGGGCAGCCUGCAGGGCAUCAUACUGGAACCGCCAAUGGAGGAAGAUGCUGACGUGGACUUGCAAGCUGCCACGCCCCCCCAGGGGCCUGCUCAGCCAGAGGCUGAUGCGUCUCCAGACCAAGAACCAAGUGCGCCAUCCAGCCCCAUCAUUCGCGUUGUGAACAGGACCAACGAGCGUGGGGAGAGCGAGACUGUAUACUACGUCAUGGCCAAUGCACCCUCUCAGAGCCGGGCAGCUGCGCCUAGUGGGUUUGCCACGGACCUGGAGGAGAACGUCAUGGACAGGCUUCAGAAGACAGCCGAGGAACUGGGCAUCCAGAUUGUGUGA